GAAGAUGCAGUGAGAUAUGCCUUAAAAAAGUGAAUUUAUGGGUUAAGAGUUGAAUGAACAAGAGAGAGUAUCGAUAAAAGACGUGGAAUAAUAGUUCUGUUUUUGAGGCUCAACACCUUUGUCGAAACUCCAUUUUACCAUCCCUUAAUCAUUAGUCAUCUUCAUGACGGGUGAGUCCUUAUCCCCAUUGCCAUUCCCAUGAUUCCAACUGUUUUCUCUCAUAUAAAUGCUCUCAAACCUUUCUUUCCCUCACAGAAAUGGAGAAACCAGUUGAAACGAUGACCUUCGACUUGGAUUCACUGCGAAACAAUCUUCCAAAGAAGAGAGGGUUGUCAAGGUACUACUCAGGCAAAUCAAGAUCAUUUACAUGCAUUGCAGAUGUUCAGUGUCUUGAAGAUUUAAAGAAAAAAGAACACCCAGAUGCCAAGAAAAGGAAGAAAUAUUCAGAGGGGAGGGAAAUGCAAGCUCCUCCAUAUCCAUGUCGAAGGAUAUCUAGCACCACCCAAUGUGCCACGCUUUAUGUUGGUGUGUAGAUUAAUUGACCAACCAAAUUAGUUAACGAUUUUGUAGUCACGCCAAAUACAACACUUCACCCCUGAAUUUACUAAAAAAAUAUGGUAACACAAUAAACUUUUAAAAUAUCUCAUAAUAUCUUAAUUCAGUAAACAGAAGAUGUACAUGAAAUUUUUUUAAUAAAAUUCAAGAGUGAACUCAUAUAUUCCCUUGUAGUUAUUUAGCCGGGUUCACAAUUAUCAAAACAAGAAACUCUAUAUAUAAUGUUUAAUGUUUUUA